AUGGCAAAGCAGCUGCUGAGGGCGACUCGCAGUUUUGGGGGGCGGCUGCAGGCUGUCUGCUCGCAGCUGGGCGGGUGCUUGCUGACCGACCCAGGGCUGUCGAGUCCGGGCGACGCAACCAUGCGCGGCUCGUUCUACCAGGACCGCAAACAGUUCCCGUCGAUAAUCCGCGAGAACACGGGGCUGUUUUGGAAGGGCUUUUCUGAGUCGGUCGAUGCGGCGAUGUGCGUGGGUGUAGAGCGAGUACAGCUCGCACGCAAGUAG